AUGAAUAUUAAUUCCACCAGGGCUACAGCAAAAUUUGUCAAUGACAAUAUCACGGUGUCGGAAGACGCCGAUGUGAGGUUGACACUCGACGAUGAAAAAAAUACGGAUGCACCUUUGACUUUACUUUGCCCUGGAGAGACCAAAAGAAAUUUCACCGGAAAAAUUGCCUGUAUUGGACCUUAUGAGACCUAUUGUACUAGGUCCUGGCAGCUUUCAGAGGAUGUGGAAUUCGAUCCUAAUAAGGAUGUUACUGUGACGGACCAGGGUGAGCAAUCUAUACAAAGUGAUUGA